AUGUCUGACUCAGAUUCUGAUGGUGAGUUACAACUUUCAUCCCAUGCAUUAGCUGCUUUAAUGCAAUUUAAACAAGAAGAACAACAACGUGAAAAGGAAUUUCAAAAAUUAUAUACCCAAGCAGAUGAUAAAUUUGAAGAACAAAAAAAGCAAGAAGGUAUGAAUUUAUUUAAGGAAGAUUGGCAAUUAUCACAAUUUUGGUACAGUGAUGAUACAGCAAGUAAAUUGGGUGAUGCUUUAUUAGAUGGUGCAGAUUCCGAUACGGUUAUUGCUAUUGUCAGCGCUCCUUCAGUAUAUGCUGCCAUUCAAAAAAAGACAGACUCCGAAAUUCCAACAAAACAUAUUUAUUUAUUUGAAUAUGAUAAAAGAUUUGAAUUACUUGCUGGUAAAGAACAUUUUUAUUUCUACGAUUAUAAUAAUCCAUUAGAAUUCGAUUCGAAAUUGAAGGGGAGAGUGGAUAGAUUACUGAUUGAUCCACCAUUUUUAAAUGAAGAUUGUCAAACCAAAUCAUCUAUUACAGCUAAAGCUUUACUUGCUAAAGACGAUAAUUCUAAGACUAAAAAUGGAGUUUUAAAACAUAGAUUGAUAUCAUGUACUGGUGAAAGAAUGUCAGAUGUCAUCCAGAACGUUUAUCCAAAUACUCAUAUUACUACAUUUUAUCCAGAACAUGGUAAUGGAUUAAGUAAUGAGUUUAGAUGCUAUGCUGAUUUCGAAUGGGAACAAUGGAAAUUUGUCAAAUAA